AAAGACACUGGAGUGUGACAGCUGUCAUGUCAAGAAUAUGAUCGUGAUUCAUAUCUGCUAAUGUAAACAAUUGGACUGAUGUUUGCGUCAUCUAUUUGAAAGAUUGUCGGUGUUUAACGUAUACAUUGCGCACAAAUUGAUUGCGUUUGAACCGUUUCAAUAAAUAAACGCUGUAAAGGAUGACAAUGGGCGAUGAGACUCCAGUUACAUCACUGGUUCUUCCUGUAAUCUUAAGACCAAUAUUGAUGAAGCUAGAGAGACAGAAUGUAUCGGGUGCUCAAACCUUACGCACAGCUCUUUUGAAAGCUGAAAAUUCACAUCCAGGUAUUACACACGAUUUAAUUCUUGGUAUAAUACGACGAGCAGAACUUAAUGUUGACAUGAAUGAAAGCGUUCUGAGAUUACAAGGAGCAGCUUGUGAUUAUGAUGUUGUGGAAUAUAGAUCAGCCAGAUCAGAGGAUGCUUUCCAAGAAUUAAAUCGUAAGUCAACUUCUCUAAAAAGAAUACUUAGCAGAAUUCCUGAUGAAAUAACAGAUCGUAAAACUUUCCUUGAAACAAUCAAAGAAAUAGCAAGUGCAAUAAAGAAGCUUUUAGAUGCAGUGAACGAAGUUACUGCAUUUAUACGCGGAUCUGCAGGAAAGCAAGCACUGGAUCAGAGGAAAAGGGAAUUUGUAAAAUAUAGUAAAAGAUUUAGCAAUACAUUGAAGGAAUACUUUAAAGAAGGACAAGCCAAUGCAGUAUUUGUGAGUGCACUAUAUUUAAUACAUCAAACAAAUAUGAUCAUGCUCACAGUAAAAGACAAAUGUGAGUAAUGACCAUUUAGUUAAGGAAUGCAUGCGAUACUCCUACAAUAAUAAAGUUACUAGCAGUUGUCUUGAAACAUAUAAUAUUCUACUUUUAUCGAUUUUGUUACAUAUUUGAUAAUAGAAUUCAAAUGUCAUUUAAUAUAAAGUAUGAUAGUAUCACUAUUUUAUAUGUAUUAUAUUGUUACAUCAUUAUGGAUAGAUAAAAUCAUAGAUACAGAAUUCUAAUAAAAGAUAAAGAUGUUGUCUUCAA